AUGGCAGCAAACAACUCCAAGUGUGGUGUUGGUGUGGCUCAUCAUUCUCGAUUUGGAGAAGUGACCGCAUCGACAUUUACUCAGGUCAGCUGGGGACCGAAAGAUGACGGUAAAGCGGCUGAGCGACCCGGCUCCUUGGCUCAGAAGGCAAUCGAGUUCGGCGCAAUUCAUAUUUCAGGGCCGCAGAGGACUCGGAUCGCUAUAUGUAUGGGCAAGUGGAAACGGAGGUCUGGAAAAUGA